UUCAUUCAGAACAGUGGAAGUGCGCGAACCUCAGCACAGCUCAACAACAGCCGAAGCAACAGCCCCAAAAGCCCUCAGAGCCCUCAACCCGGACAAGGAGUCGCCGUCGUCGUCGCCGUCGUCCAGCCACCUAUCAUAGCCCGCAGUUUCAAUUCAAAUUUGGGCCACUGAAGCAGUGUUGUGCCCACGUAAAGUGCUUUCCAAAAUGCGUUUGUCAAUGUCAUUGAGGCAGCUGGCAGGCCAUAGCCAGAUGCUGCUGCUUAUGCUGGUGGCCAGCCCGCUCAUCCUGGGCCGCGUGCUGGCGGUGCCCGCCUCUGUGCUUGCCCAGAACACGGAACUAUCCACCAAUGCCAACCAGAAGCUGCAGCUACAGCAGCAGCAGGAGCAGCAACAGCCGGCAGCAGCCAAGCGGUCGGAGGAUGCCGCCUCAAAGGCCAUAGGUCCAUCGGCCGAUAAGAAGUCAAGUCCGGAAAUUAUGCCCUCGUCGUUCAGCAAUUCGCCGCCAGCCAGGAGCAGCAGCAACAAGAUGAUUAGCAACCAGCAGGAGCAGCAGGAGCAGCAGCAGCAGGGACCAUCCGGCUUGUAUGCUCUGCCCAGCAAUGAUGAGAUUCUGGCCGCUGUGGCCGCCGCAGCGCAGAACAGCCAGCAGCAGGUGCAGGAGGAGCCCACCGCGUUGGAGGAGGCUGUGGCCAGCUCCACGAUGCGCAAGCGGGGCAUCAACUACGACUACAAUCCCUACAUGACAGGCAAUGACUAUGGCAGCGAUGUGCCCAGCGGCGUGUGGGCGGAUGAGUACGACGCUGGAGCAGCGGCCGUGCCCGUCAGCUAUGGCGAAAGGGAUCUGCAGGAGCUCGAUGACUAUGUGCCCGAUCGACGAGUGGGCGGUUCAAUUGGCCGCAACAAGGCCUAUGACAAUCUGCAGAACCUGCUGAAUGCUGAGGCCUAUCUGGAGAGCAUUCCCCUGUCCGUGCCACUGACCUAUGCCAAUCGCAAUUACAAUCUGGAUGACAGGAACAAGCGUGGUGGUCUGUUCUACAACAUGGGCAGCACUGGCAGUGGCUUGCAGGGCAGCACUGGCAGCGAUAAUAUAAAUUUGAGCAAAUAUCGUCGGUUCAAUGAUAUGCGCCUCAAGCGCGACACCACCAAACUGAAUCCCGCUGAUAUGUUGGCUCUGGUUGCCCUCGUCGAAGCCGGGGAACGUGCGCGCAAGGAGAGCGAUGUGGAGAGCGCUGGACCCGUGCCCAUGAUUGCCUCUGAUGAUUUGGACUAUGUGCCAGCGGGCACCUGGCUGGAUGCGCCUGUACAACCACAACAGCAGCAGCCCGGCAUGAUGGACUACUACAUGCCGCUGGAGAGCCAGAACCAAGCGAUGCCACAGUACGAGUACGUGCCACGCCAACACAAGUACAGCGGAGUGAAUAGCCGCUUUGGUUCCUCCAAGCAGCGUUACAUGGUCUCCAAGAAGAAGCGUUCCAUUAGCCAAAGUCAGUUCAUGAACGAGCCCGUGGCCGAGCGUGGUGCCAGCUACAAUGGCGAAAAGUACUUCUAAAGUGUGGAGCAGACAGGCAGGAUGCAUCGAUAGACUAUAGAGAACAUUUCUUUGAACAUUUCUAGUGAAUAACCAAAAAUAAAACUCAAUUAGUAAUGAGAUAGAGCCAAGGCAAAAAGGUCAAACUUGUGUGCAAUUUCUGUGUAGAAUUUCAAUUUUAAACAAAUAUUAAGACAACCCACAAAACAUAA